AUGAAGCAGCAUCUUUUCUACACAUCGCUGCUGUCGUCGACAUUGCUCACAGCACCGACAUACGCUCUGCCAGGCUUCUUCUCCGACGCAGAACGGGCGCAUUUCUCAUCAGACCUCAAACGCUCAAUAGACGAGUCUCCAGUAGCCAUCAUGGCGAGACAAGCAGCCGACAGAUCCGGCCGCUGGCGGCCCCAAAUCCACUUCUCACCACCCGCCGAAUGGCUUAAUGAUCCAAACGGCCUCUUUGUCGACUCGGACGGCGUCUGGCACAUGUACUACCAAUAUACCGACAACGUCGCUGGCGAUGGCGUGAAGCACUGGGGCCAUACGACGGCCACGGAAUUCUACAACUGGGUUGAUCACCCCGUUGCCAUUCCCGCCACCGCGCGCGACGGCUCCAUCUGGUCGGGAAGCGUCGUUAUUGACCGAAAUAAUUCAUCAGGCUUCUUUCCUUCAGACAAGACCAGUUGGAAGGACAAUAUCAUCGCCUACUAUACCUCAUGGGAGCCGGAUCAGGAAUCCCAGCACCUUGCAUGGUCUUAUGAUGGUGGCGAGACCUUCAACCAGUACGAGAACAACCCCAUUAUUUCGCUCAACAGACACGGUUUCCGCGACCCCAAGCCCUCGUUCCACCAUGAGACCAAAACUUGGGUCAUGGUCCUGUCGCUCGAGAGUGAAAUCGCCUUUUACACCUCCACCAAUUUGGUCAAUUGGACGCAAGUAUCCAUCUGGAACCCCCAGCGCAACAUUGGCAUGAUUGAGUGCCCUCAAUUCCUCCAAAUCCCCCGAAAGGACAAGUCUGGAAGCACAGUGGGCGCCAAAUGGGUUUUGACUCUCAGCCUGGGAGGCGGCGGCCCGACCGGCGGCGCUGCAGUCAAGUAUAUCACCGGCGAGUGGGACGGCACUACCUUCACCCCGGACGCGCCUUCCAGCGGCACCGAGCGGAGAGGAAUCUUCUCGCGCCAGGACAGCUUCUCCAUCUACGACUUUGACUUUGGCCCCGACAAAUACGCCACCGCCUUCUUCCACUUCCAAAAUCUCAACGACGCCAACCAAGAUGCAUACUCCGUCUCAUGGGCGGUCGACGCGACGCUCUAUGGGUGCUGCACGCCGACCGACCAAGAGGGCUGGCGUCACUGCAUGGGCGGUGUGCGUCGCCACUGGCUCGAUUCCAACACCAACAGACUCAUGUCAGCGCCGGCCGGCGACCUGUCGAAGCUUGUGAGCACGACGUCCGGCUGGAACCCCAUCCUCGACGAGAAAGAUGUAUCGGGCAUUGAGGGCAGCAGCGCCGUCAUCCGCGACUACAACCCCGCCGUGGAGUGGACCCUGACCGUCAAGAUGGCCAAGUCUCUCCUCCAAGAAGGCUCGACAGCCUCGGCUCAAUUGGCCUUCCAGGGCUCCCAGUCCAACGGCACGGAGCAAGUCUCCCUCGGACUUGAUUUCACCGGCACCUCUGGCAGCGGCGCUCCCACGGCAAACCUCAAUAUCGGACGUGCCAGCACGGCGUGGGAUAGGUCCGGCACCUUUGGCGUCUCCAACGUCCAGGCCCUCGAGGCCGCUUCAGGCGAAGGAUCCGACGCGAAUGUCGAGUUCCACCUGCACGGCAUUCUCGACCGCUCGGUCCUCGAGGUCUACGUUAACGGCGGCGUCGAGGCCGGCACCAUGCUCUACUUCACCGACAAGCCCCUCGACAGCAUCAUCCUCACCCGCGGCAAGGGUACCAAUGAUCAGGGCAUCACCUUUGACUUCAAUGCCGUGGCCCUGCAGAGCUCCUGGGGUCCGUACGAGAAGUCGGUAUCGCAGAGCAAGCAGGACAAGUGGAUCACGGAGGAGCUGUGA